AUGGCUUCCUAUCUCGUAACCGGCUCCUCACGGGGUCUCGGAUUAGCGCUGGUCGCUCGUCUGGCAACCUUGCCCAAGACUGAAGUGGGAACGAUCAUUGCCACCGCUCGCCAGGACAACUCUGCUCCACUCACGGAGAUUGUGAAUGCUUCAUCGGGUCGAGUGCAGAUGCUCAAGCUGGAUGUCACGGAGAUCGCCAGCGUGGAAGGAGCAGUUGGAGCAGCAGAGCGCAGCCUGCAAGGCGCAGACCGCGCAGAUCAGUAUGAUGGGAACGAGAUCCCUUGGUAA